GUGCCACGGACCAAACGUCCGCCAUAUAAUCACAUGCAGACCAGCUACUCAUUCUCGUCAUCGCCUCCAUCCGCUAUAUAAUCACAUGCAGACCAGCUACUCAUUCUCGUCAUCGAUCGAUCCCACUAGCUCCCAGCUAGCAGCAUCAUAUCGACCUUACACUUGGAUCUCAUCAAGUCCAAGCGUGCCCAGGUGUUCUCUAGGUGUUCUUUCUUGCAGCAUCGUCCGUAGCUACGUACGUAGUACACAUGGCUUUCGCGCUCAAGCCAUGCCUCUCGCCGUCUUCCUCGCCUCCGUCGAGCCUCGCCGCGGCCACACUGCCCAUGAAGCCUGUAUUCGUCGGAGCGCUCGCCGUCGACCCGGCGAUGGCCACGCCCGCCGCGCCGGGGAGGCAUGCGGUCAGGGCGCGAGCGGCGGCGACCACGCUGGCCCCGACACCGGCGCCCGUGCCCGCCGGUAACGGCGGCCUGUCUGUGGCGAAGGCCAUGUCCCGGGCCAGAGACAACGGCAUGACGGCGUUCAUCCCGUACAUCACCGCCGGCGACCCCGACCUGGCGACCACGGCGGAGGCUCUCAGGCUCCUUGACAGACUCGGCGCCGACGUCAUCGAGCUCGGCUUGCCCUUCUCUAACCCCUCCGCCGACGGACCGGUGAUCCAGGCGUCCACGGCGCGGGCGCUCUCGGCCGGCGCCACGUCCGACACCGUGAUGGCGAUGCUGAAGGAGGUGACGCCGGAGCUAUCCUGCCCGGUGGUCAUCUUGUCCUACUUCAACCCCAUCGAGCGGCGGGGAACGGGGAGCUUCAUCGCCGCAGCCAGAGAGGCCGGCGUACGAGGUCUUAUAGUACCUGAUCUUCCUUAUACUGAGGCAGGUGUUCUCAGCACUGAAGCCAAGAAGAACGACAUCGAGCUGGUGCUGCUUACAACACCAUCUACAAAGCCAGAAAGGAUGAAUGAGAUCACAGCGGCUUCCGAAGGGUUUCUGUACCUUGUAAGUAUCAACGGAUUAACAGGGGCCCGCCCAGAUGUGAAUCCACGUGUUAAGGAUCUACUCAGAGAGAUUAAGCAGGUCACUGACAAAGCAGUUGCUGUUGGAUUUGGCAUAUCGACCCCUGACCAUGUUAGACAGGUUGCACAAUGGGGUGCAGACGGUGUGAUAAUCGGUAGUGCGAUGGUGAAGCAGCUGGGUGAAGCAGAUUCUCCGAGAAAAGGGUUAAAGAGGCUAGAAGUAUACGCCAGGAGUCUUAAGGAUGCACUGCACGCCGUGAUAUGUACAAUAUAGGAUAUGUUUACAAAAUAUCAAUGAACCGGAAUUGCGAUGGCAAGUUGGCUUGGUGUUCCUAGUAAGACCAGUGUGGUGGUAGAAGCAAUAAGCUAUUUCUUAUGACUCGUUCGGUAAUUCAUCAGCUCCUUAAAACGUAAGAAUCUACAGAGCAUCUGUGCAGCCACUUCAGGAAUUUUAACUACAGCUCCGGGAGUAAAGCCGUGGAGCUUAGGGACUCCUAAUGGGGCCUUAGUUUUUUCUUGUAUGGCAUGUAAGUGAUGGUAGUUAGAGUACCCGAUGCUAUUUUUGUCCACCAAAUUUUGAUGAGCAAAUUUAUUAUGAUGAAA